AUGGCGGCAUGGAUGGGACGAGUCUAUGAAGAGGUGAAAAGAGUUGCCAUGCGGCUGGAAAAGCUGCAGUUCGAUAGCAACACCCAAAAAGGGGGACUUGAUCGACAAGGUAGCGACCCUCAAAAGACUCCCUCUUUUAAUACGACCAGUGAACAAGCAGGAACCCUAGCCAAGUCCAUACCCAAAUGCAACUUUUGUGGAAAAAGGGGACAUCUGGCAGCGGACUGCAGAAAAAGGGAGAAACCCUCGAACCACAAGUAUCGUGAGAACGGUCACAACCGCAACUAUAACGAUACGCGAAACAACGCAGCUGGAGGUAGCUCGCUUGUAACGGAGUUAGACAGGUGGUGUAAAACUGUCCAAAGAAAAGGGGAAGACCCAAAACUCCAAUCAGGCGCUGUAGGUAAACCAAGCACUUGUGAAGUGGAAAUUUUCGGUAUUACAGCAAAAGCGCUCGUAGACACAGGCUCUGUGAUUUCGAUUAUCCCUGUUGGGCUCCUCAAGAGACGUAGGCUUUUCGAUGCGUCGGGGAAUGCGAUGAGCUUCCUUUCGGAAAUAACAACAGAAGUAAUGGUCAUAGGAGCUAGCACGGCCUGCGUGCAUAUGCACGUGCAGCAAAGUAACGACGAUACGUUGUUAUUGGGCACUAAUGCUUUAGAAGUACUGGGGAUCUCUCUGAAACUAACCCCGAACGUACGUGCAACGCGGAAUGGCUUUGCAAAUCACCCGUGUUCUCAUGCUGCGUACUCAGACAGGAGGGUAGUAGUCGGGCCAGGUAAAGUAGCCACAGUAAAAAUUUCUGGUGGAUUUAGCAAGGGAGCUUGCAUAUUUUGGUCCAAAAAUCCUCGUAUAGAGUCUGGUGUAUGCCAGGUAGAUGAAGGCAAAGCUGAACUGUCAGUCAUUAAUAAAGGUUCGGAACCCUGGGUAAUAGGCCGAGGAGAGGACCUAGGGAGGUGGUCAACGGAAACUUGGGUUGACCCCAGAAUAGCCGAUGUCCCGAGCGAUAUGAUGAUCCUUCGUCAGCCCGCUGUGUUACAGGAUGCUGAAAGGAUUCACGUGCUUUUGGAUAUAUUGAAUAAAAAUCGAAAAGCUGGGAACUUACCCGAUGAAAUGCGUAGAGUGAUUGAAGAAUACAGCGACGUUUUUGCUAUUUCGGAUACGGAACUAACGCAAACGGAUUUAGUCACUCACGACAUUGAUGUGGGUGAUCAUCCACCCAUCCGUCAGAAAACAAGACCCCCUACGGAAUACGCGCGGAAUUGGACGGUGAUUGAGGAUAGUCAAUCCCCGUGGGCAUCCCCAAUAGUAUUAGUAGCCAAGAAAGAUGGGACUACUCGAUUGUGUGUCGAUUAUAGGGAGGUCAACAAGGUGACGAAAAAGGAUAGUUACCCCCUACCGCCAAUCGAUAUCACAUUGCAGAAUUUGCAAGGAAAACGAUGGUUUUCAUCGCUAGACCUAGCUAGUGGGUACUGGCAAGUGCGCUUAAAUGAAAAGGCCAACAAAAUUAGUGCGUUUACCACAACAUCAGGGCACUAUAGUAUAGAAUUCCGGGCCAUGUUGUAG